AUGUACAGACUAGAACACACCAAUCUCCAAACGGUGGCUUAUGUCAACGGAAAAGCGUUACCAUAUGGCGACAACAAUCACGAUGCCUACCAACCACUACCACUUAAGUUAGCUGAAGCAGCAUCAAGAAGUUAUUACGAAGCAGGCGGGAAACAGGUCAGACCUUGCUCAAGGAGAAAAGACAAAGAUCCGUCAGAUGUAGGAAAUCAAGAGCUGCUCCCUACUCCUACAUACUCGGCAAGAAUUGUCAAACCUUAUCAAGGGAGUGCUAACUACAACCUCGAACCGCAGUCUUUAAGGAAUGUUGCAAACAAAGACAAUGCAGAAGGCAAUAGUGCAAUCGUUCACGAGCGACAUCCAAAUACUGAUCAUGCCAAAGAAGAAGCCUACCAUGGUGAAAAAGAAAAUGCUAAAACAGUACACCACGACAAAGAAUCAAAUGAUGAUAACACAGAACAAACCAACAGAAAUGCUCAUCAUAAUGAAAAAAAUCAAGUUGAAAAUCAAAAAAGCAAAGCCGUUAGAGAUGAAUCAAGAGAAGCACAUAAUGCCGGUGUAAAGAGUAAAAAUGCUGCUGGCACUAACUAUGACUCACCUGAAGUUCACCAUAAAAGUAGGAAAGGAGGUGUAAACAGUAACGAUGAAACAAGCUUAGAAAAAAGCAACCACGACGUUUCAAGUACUAAAUCACAUGAAAGUGAAGCAAACGAAUCUCAGCAAAAAGUACAUAAUAGUAACGUAGAUGAUAACACUGAGAGUAGAAAUAGAAACGCAAAUAGUGAUGAACGAAAUGUCCAAAAUCCUAAGGGACACAGCAACACAGUACAUUCUGGUGUUAAAAGUGCCAAAUCUUACGGACAUGAACAAAGUCAGGUUGAUGACCAAGUCGGGAAUAGUAAUGUUGACAAUGAAGUUGAAAAUAGCAAAACCAAAACCAGUAGCGACGAAAGCGUUGAAAGUCCUAAAGAUCACAGUAAAGAAUUGGAUAUUGCUCAUUCUGAUGAAUAUUCUAGAUUUGUAGACCAAUUUUUAAGUACAAAAUAUUAUAGUAAUCAAGACGAACCAAACAAAGUACAUAAUGGUGUGGUGAAUACCGAAACUCAAAGUGAAUCAAAUGAAAAACGCAAUAGUGGCAAAAACUCUUUAGAACACAAUCCUUAUAAAAACAAAGCUCAAAGUGAUGAAAAUAACAGAGCAAAUCAGAAAACGCACACCAAGUAUUCGGCUGUUAAUCCAAAAGCUUACGAUAAUGAACUAGAUUCAGAUUCUGAUGAAUCUAAAUCUGGAGAUAAAUAUAAAACUCUACCAUACUAUAACGACCCUACAAACACUGAAGCUGACAGUGACGAGCUAGAUGAAUCAGAUUUUAGCGUUCAAAAGUCACAUAAUUACAAACAUAAAUUCUUUGCUGCAAAAUCUAGAGCUGAUGCUGAUGCGGAUGGAUCUGAUUAUGAUGUUAGGAAUACGAAAUCUCACGGCAAAUUUCAUGGAGGACACUAUGGUGACAAGAACACCAGAGCGCACCAGCAUCAUGAACACCAUUAUAACCCCAAUAAUCAUAAACUAAACCAAGCCCAUAGUGACGAGUCCAGUAGCUCAAGUGAAAGUAACGAACAAGAUAGUAAAAGUUACGAGACGAGGAAAAGUUACAGCGAUGAACUUGAGGAUGCACUAUAUGGUGUCCAAGAGAAUAGAGCAGCCAGCGAUGAACUUAACGAAGCACUAUCCGAGAUUAGAAAACAUCUUGGUCACAGCGAAGAACUUCAGGAGGCUCUAAAAGAAGUACGUAAAAAGGGAAAAACAUACAGUGCUGUACUCAAUCACGCACUUAAUAAAGUUAAACAGCACAAAGCAAACAGCGAUGAACACAGGCAAGGAUAUGAUUCACAAGAAGACGAUUCAAAUGUUGACGACUCCAGCGACAGCGUUUCGGAUAAUGACGAAAGUCAGUCAGACGAAAGAAAAGUUCAGUCUGUGCAUAAGAAUUCUAAUUCUAACUAUGCUUCCAGAAAUCAUGAACAUGAUGAUGAUUCAGAUGAUAAUGAUUCAAAGGACAGCGUUUCAGAUAGUGACGAAAAUCCAAAGCAUACUACCAGAAAGCAUGAACAUAAAGCAUCAGAACAAAAAGCACAAGGUAGAAAUGCCGAUAGCAGCGAUGAUGAUGAUGAAGUCCCAAAAUGCCCGAGUAAGCUUAAAUACUCUACAAAACAUGAGAGAGAAGACUCUGCCAGGCGAUCUGUUGAAGACUCCGAGAGCCAAGAUUCAUCAAAAUCCGCGUCCAGUGAUAAUGCUAAACAAAAAGAUGCCAAAUCCCAAAGCAAAGCUUCUCAAAGUUCGGAAUCUGAUGAUGAUAGUGACUCGCAAUCCGCAGAGGGGAAAAAAGGUGAAGAAGAUGACAAUGAAGAAAACGCGAGUGACCAGAAAGAGCGUAAAGAACACGCAGGUGACAAGGACAAUGCGUACAACCAACAGAACAAUGUUGAGAGUGAUGACUCACAACGUCGUAACACAAAACUGAGAGAUGGCUACUAUCUGCCAGACCCAGCAAAAGGCCCAGGAAUCACUCCACUCUCUUCUAGUGGCAUCAAUGUGGUUCAAAAUAAAAGAGUAUGCUACGCCUGCUCGAGUGAGGCCAAUCUCUCUUGUCAUAAACCAAACAUACUAACAACGGUCAAAUACUGUCACGGAGGUGUCAAUAACUGCGUUUCCAAAACAUACACUGAUCGAAACCAUAAAACGGUUGUGAUCCGCGACUGCGGGAAUACCUGCAACUCAGCAAGCGACUAUGACCCAGCCUGGGCCUCGUGUGACGUAUGCACGGGGGAUCUUUGCAACGACAAGUCAGUAAAUGGAGCCUUCUCCAUCAAAAGCCAAAGCUUGUUGUUCACCGUUUUUGUAUUGUUUACGAUCAAGUUUACUUUCUAG